AUGCAGAGUUCGACGGAAAGUCCUCUCUAUGCCUGCGUGGAUGUCGAGGGGAAGGGCAAAGGCCUUGUUGCAGUCAAGGACAUCCCCAAGGGCACGCGAAUCCUUUCCGAGGUUCCCAUUAUCACCACACCCCAAGACGAACACAACAAGAACCGCCUAAUGGCCAUCAUCUGCGAGCAAGUCAGUGCCCUCACUGAAGACCAGCGCCAAGCCUUCCUCUCCAUGCACAACAUCUACCCAUACGAGACCCCUCCGGAGCAUUAUCUUGCCAUCAUCCGAACAAACGGACUUCCCAUCGACGAGGACGGAAUCGAUGGGGGCAUCUUCCUCGAAGCAUGUCGCAUGAAACAUGCGUGUGACAACAACGCCCAGAAGAGCUGGAACAAGAACAUCGAGCGGCACACCGUCCACGCCCUGAGAGACAUUGCCAAAGGGGAGGAGAUCACCGUGUUUACCUGCGCGUCCUCGGGAGCCGGGCCGCCCGCCAGGAGGCUCUCAAGGCAAAAUUCGGUUUCAAUUGCUCGUGCCGUCUCUGUUUUGGAUGGUGCGAUCGGUGCAGGUAGCCUGGCAGCCAUUUUGGCCUCUCCUCUUCGCGUUCUCCGUUGGGUCGACCGACAGGUCAGACUGUACAAUGAGCAUGGGCCGGAUGACAAUGGUCUGCCGAGAGCCUUCCUCGAUGCCGCGCAGGUUGCCAUCGCCCAUGGCGAUCUGGCACGAGGACGUAUCUUCGCGGAGAGGGCGGUGUCUGGGUGGAAGAUCCUUGGGGGCGAUGACAGCACACAGGUCCGGGAGCAUGGACACCUGGCCGUAAACCCCUCCAAGCUUGGCUUACAUGGGCUCUCGAAGGAGUGGAAGACUGCCGUGGACGAAGUCCCUCAGGGACUUGAGGCAGGCGACUUCGAAGAUUGGCUCUGGAAGAGAGAAUAG